CUAAGCCCAAGCCUCAAAACAAACCAACCUUUUCAGUUCUCCUCGGCCGGUCAGGAAUCCUUACCCGCCGCUGAAUCCUUCUCCCGUCGGGCAAAACUCAGUAUAAUAAGAUCCUCUUCUCGUCUCGUCCAUCUUCAGGAUUUCAAGACCGGGAAGGAAAAGAAAGAAAGAAAGAAACAGAAGGAAGUCAAGAGAGUGAAAAAUUAGGGGGAAAAACGGUGAUGAAUUUGAACGCCGGUAUACCGUCAUCGUCGGCGGCGGCAGUUCCAUUGCCGCCGGGGACGAAAUUCCUGCCCACCGACCAAGAGCUGCUCGGAUACUACCUGUACAACCACAUCGAGGGGAAACUUCCGCCGCACCUCUACGAGAUCGUCCGCCGCCACGACCUGUACGGCGGCGAGGAGCCGUGGGAAGUCUGGCGGCGGCUCCAAUCCGCCGGCGGCGAGCUCGGCGACGUCUACUUUUUCGCCGAAUUGAGGAAGAAGGUGAAGGCCGGCGGAGACGACAGCCGGAACUUCGAGCGGAAGGUCGGGAGGAGCGGCGGGAGCUGGCACGGUGAGGAUACCGGAGCCAGGUUCAAACUCGUCCUCCGUCACGCGCCGCCGCGAAAGGCGGAGAAUUGGGUCACCGGGAUUCGGAAGAGGUUCAAUUACAGAAACCCUAAUUUAUCGGGGGAGAAUGGGAAGUGGAUCCUUCACGAAUUCAGCUUGAGCAAGGACCCCGCCGGCAAGAAAGACAUCUGCGGCAAGGUUCUGUGCUUGCUCCGGAACAACGGGUCGCCGUCGGCAAAAGCGGUGGUGGAUGCGGCGAGGAGUUCCGCCGUCGCGAAAAGGAAGAGGGACAUUCAGUUCUACAUUGAUUAUUUGGCGGGAAAGAAGGAGGAAAAAUCGGCGGGAAUCGAUGAUUCAAAUAAACGGCGUCGUUCUAGUACCCCUCCCCCUCCCGCGCAACCCCAACAACAACCACCACCAUCGGUUACUAAUUGCUCCGCUCGCGACGACGAGGCCUUGUGUUCGAAUCCUGCACCGGACUCGUUCGGACAGUCGGAAGAAUUCGACAUUAUAUCUUACAUCAAUUGGGAUUCCUUUGAAAAUGACGCAUCAACAACUACUGUUACAGAUUCGAAACUGGUACUUCCAGAAUCAAGACAAACGAUAAUACCACUUUGUUACGGGAAUCUCGACGUAAAAGUCGAGGAACAACCUCCCAAUCCGGUCCCACCUCCUGCUCCUGGCCCCGAACCGCGGGCCAGGCCAUCGGCUGAUGAUAAAGGGAAGAAUGUUGUGGUGGCGGCGGCGGAUGAUGGUGGCGGUGGUUAUCAAAAUUUCGACACCAAGGAAGGAAUACUGCUGCCGCCAUGUGAGAUGCAAGGAGCUGGAGAUAACUAUGGCUACAAUUACUAUGAUUAUGGAGGGACGAAUCAGCUGGAGAAUCUGCAGGGCUUUGAUGGUGGUGGUGGAGGGUUUGGUGGCGUUUUGGGUAUGGGGCUGCCGUUUAAUCAUCCAUGGGAAUGGCAAGGUAACGGUGGAUUUGGGUAGAGUAUAUAGAAAUUUAUGGGAUUUCUGAAGAGGUUUAGGGUAGAAACUAGAGAAUCUACAUUGUAAAAAAAAAAAAAAAAAAAAACUAGAGAAUCUGUAGUAAUUAGUUAUGUUGAUGGAUGUGAAUUACAUUGAACAGAAUUACUAAAACUCAAACAAAGAAGCCCUUGUUCAAGACAAGAAUAGUGUGGCACUGUGGCCUUGAGUUUCUCAAUCCUUUGCCUUGGGAUUAGUCAGUUUUAUUUCUCGAUUUUUCAAUGAACGUGAGCAAUUGUG